AUGGCCAAAGACAAAAAGGGCAAAGCCGCGGAGAAGAAGGCUAGAGUAGCCCAGAAAGCCGAAAAGAAGGCUACCCAGAAAGAGAAGAAGUCCAAAAACAAGCCGAAGAAGGACGACGACAGCGAUGCCGAAGACGUUGAUCUUGAUGCCGUGCUAAAGGAGUACGCCCAGCAGCAGGAGCGUUUCCUCAAAGUCACAGAGGCGCCUAGCGAGCCUCCUUCUCCGAGGGGAAGCGCUACUUUCCUGGCAUCACCCGCAAAUGAUAAUGAGCUGUUCUUGUUCGGUGGCGAGCAUUACAAUGGCGCAAUAGCUUCAUUCUAUAACCAUCUGUUCGUCUACAACAUUAAUCGCGACGAAUGGCGUCUUGUCACUUCUCCCAACAGCCCUCUCCCGCGGAGCGGUCACGCAUGGUGCCGUGGCGGAAAUACCAAGGACAUAUAUCUUUUUGGCGGAGAGUUCUCGUCACCAAAGCAAGGCACGUUCUACCAUUACAACGACUUUUGGCGCCUCGAUCCCGGCUCGCGGGAAUGGACGCGCGUAGAAAGCAAAGGCAAAGACAAGAGCCCGCCUGCGAGGAGCGGGCACCGCAUGACAUAUUUCAAAAACUACAUUGUCCUCUUCGGCGGGUUCCAAGACACUUCCCAGACCACAAAAUAUCUUCAGGAUCUAUGGAUAUAUGACUGUCAGACCUACGCUUGGCACCAGCCCGCACUACCGCCCGCAUCGCAAAAGCCAGACGCGCGCUCAAGCUUUUCCUUGCUGCCUCACGAGAACGGUGCCGUGCUGUAUGGCGGCUACUCCCGCGUCAAGGCCUCCGUUGCAGCGGGGAAGCAGACGAAAGGCGGCUCUGGCGGGUCUCGCAUGGUGCUGAAGCCAGUCGUGUAUCAAGACACGUGGUUUCUGCGCAUCACUCCGCCAGCAGCUGAUGCUCCACCGAACACGUUGCCGAAGGUGCACUGGGAGCGGCGCAAGCGGCCAGUUAAUCCACCAAAUCCACCUCGUGCGGGUGCUACUAUGGCAUAUCACAAGGGCCGAGGCAUCAUGUUCGGUGGAGUGCAUGACGUGGAGGAGAGUGAGGAGGGCAUUGACAGCGAGUUCUUCAAUCAGCUGUUAGCUUGGAAUAUUGAGCGAAAUCGAUACUUCCCGCUGGCGCUGCGAAGGCCGCGGACCCAGGGCAAGAAGCAAGUGGCAGCGGCUGAGAGAGGCCGCAGAGGGCGAGGUAGAGCGGAUGAGGAGGAGCUGCUAAGAAACCUCGCGGCUCUAGAAGCGAAGGCCCCGCUCGAUGCUGCUGACGCGCCUGAAGUUCCAGAGGCGACCAAGCCCGCAGAGGACGAGGAAGAUCAGGUUGAGAAGAUUGAGAAACCAAGGAUAUUUGAGUUCCCCCAUCCGCGGUUCAAUGCGCAGCUAGCUGUCCAAGAUGACGUCCUCUACAUCUUUGGAGGGACGUUCGAGAAGGGCGACCGGGAGUUCACCUUUGAUGAGAUGUUCGCACUGGACCUUGGCAAGCUUGACGGAGUCAAGGAGAUCUUCAGACGAGAGCCCGAAGACUGGCAGGGCAGUGAGGAUGAGGAGAGUGAAGAUGAAGACGAGGAUGACGAAGACGGAUCUGACGAUGAGGAAGCGUCCGAUAUUGCAAGCACGGCAGCGACUUCGGUGUCCCAGCUCUCAACAGUCACAGCAGAAGCGCAACCAGAGAAGGAGGAGGAAAAUACGGGUACGGAAGAAACGGCAUCAUCACCACUAAAAGACAACCUGCCGCAUCCACGCCCUUUCGAAUCAUUGAGGGAUUUUUAUGCUCGUACCUCUGUGCAAUGGCAAGAGAUCGUCAUAGAUAAGCUUAGUCGGACCUACGGAGGGGAUGGAAAAAGCGUCAAAGAGGUGAAGAAGAUUGCCUUUGACCGUGCCGAGGAGAAAUGGUGGGACUGCAGAGAGGAGAUCAUGGCUCUUGAGGAUGAGCAGACGGAGGCAGGCAUCGGCGAGGUGGUCAGUUUGGGUGACAAAGCUGCAGGCGAUGGUGGUGGAAGCGGAGUCGGAAGGCGGAGAUAG